GAUGAUGUACAUGCGGAAGUGAUGAAAUACAUGCGGAAGUUAAUGCUAAAUUCCCGCCAAGGCUUGAGUCGACAGAGAGACAGAAACAAUCAUGGAUGGUGCUCGUAAUAUAAAGGCAAAGGUGUCCGCUGGUUUUAAGAUGCGAGGACUUAUACUGCGACCUGAAGCCAGCAGGUACCUAGUGGAGGUGCUGGACUCAGUCAGUCCCUCUGAACUGGAUGAUGUUAUUGAAAGGGUCCUGGAUGCAGUGGAAAAGCAGCCAUUGUCCUCUAAUAUGAUCGAGCAGUCUGUGGUGGAAAGUGCUGUGCAGGACUGCACUCAGUCUUGUGAUGAAGCCAUAGAUAAUGUUUUCAACAUCAUUGGAGCCUUUGAUGUGCCCAGAUACAUUUACAAUGUGGAGCGGAAGAAGUUUGUACCCAUCAGUAUGACCAGGCAUCCAGUCCCCAGCCUGUGUGGUCUGGCCAAGGACAAAACUGAACUGUUCAAGGAGCGCUACACAAUCUUGCAGCAGCGUACACAUCGUCAUGAGCUCUUCACUCCACCUGCAAUAGGAACUGCUGUUGAAGAGGGUCAAAACAAAUUUCAGCUGAAGACAAUUGAAGCACUGCUUGGCAGCACAGCUAAACUAGGAGAAGUGAUUGUCCUUGGGAUGAUCACACAGCUGAAAGAGGGUAAAUAUUACCUGGAGGACCCAAGUGGAACAGUUCAACUGGACAUGUCCAAAGCACAGUUUCAUAAUGGCCUGUAUACAGAAUCCUGCUUUGUACUUGCAGAGGGUUGGUACGAGGAGUCAGUGCUCCACGUCAACGGCUUUGGGUUCCCACCAACAGAGCCUUCGUCAGCAACAAGAGCAUACUACGGCAACGUGAACUUCUUUGGUGGUCCAUCCACUACUUCGGUGAAGGCUUCAUCCAAGCUGAAGCAGCUGGAAGAAGAGAAUGAAGAUGCCAUGUUUGUAAUUGUUUCUGAUGUGUGGCUGGACAGUGUUGAUGUGAUGGACAAGCUCAACAUCAUGUUCUCAGGUUAUGCUGCAUUGCCUCCAACCUGUUUCAUCUUGUGUGGAAACUUCUCUUCUGCCCCGUAUGGAAAAACACAGAUCAAGUCCCUGAAAGAGUCAUUGAAAGCGCUCGCUGAUGCCAUAUGUGCACACCCCAGCAUUCACAGCAGUAGUCGCUUUGUAUUUGUCCCUGGACCUGAAGAUCCUGGUCCAGGCAUGAUCCUCCCAAGGCCUCCUUUGGCAGAUCACAUCACUGACGAGUUCAGGCAGAGGGUACCUUUUUCUGUGUUCACAACUAACCCGUGCAGGAUCCAGUACUGCAGCCAGGAGAUCAUCGUUAUUAGGGAAGACCUUGUCAACAAGAUGUGCAGGAACUGUGUGCGUUUGCCCAAUAGCAAUCUUGACAUUCCAAACCAUUUUGUUAAGACCAUCUUAUCUCAGGGUCACUUGACUCCACUGCCUCUGUAUGUCAGUCCUGUAUACUGGGCAUAUGACUACUCCCUGCAUGUCUACCCAGUCCCUGAUGUCAUUGUCUUCGCAGACAAAUAUGACCCUUUCAGCAUCACCAACACAGACUGCCUCUGUGUCAACCCGGGCUCAUUCCCAAGAAGUGGCUUCACAUUUAAGGUGUACUACCCAUCCAACAGAACUGUUGAGGACAGCAAACUUCAGGGACUCUAAAGAGAAUGGGUUUACAAGUAGAUCUGUUUUCAUUUGUUUUGUACAUUGCCUGUAUAUGAUACUGUAUGUUUAAAUUGACUAGUGAAUAACCUACUGUAGUGUUUCAUUUUGUAUAUUUGUUUUUAUGUUCUGCCAUGAAUAAUAAAGGUUUUAUUCUUUGUA